AUGACCAUAGAAUCUAAUAAAAUGAAAGAUAUUUUGUUGCUUCAAAUGACCUCAAAGUAUGAAGACCCACGCCUAUGGAUAGACAACUACCUAGCAAACCCAUCAGUUUCUGAAACGGAAGUUAAUCACCUGAGAUCUGUUAUGCAAAGGGAUCAAGCACUCAAGAAGGCAGAUAGCGAGAGAAUCUAUGACUUAGUUGGAUCAUUUCCUUCUAAACUACAACCUGAAAUUCUACUCAGUAAUAUGAACCAAUUGCGUAAUAAAAUUCCAGCAGUUCCUGGUAGUGGCUUUGUAUCAACUUACACCACAAUUAUCCAAUCUAAUGAUAUAAACCCAGUUGAAGAUGAGGAUUACAUGUCACAUUUAGAAUAUCUUCACAAACGCAGAUCAUAUGCAACAUUACAGUUACGUAGAUUUACAUCCAAAUUCUCAAAGUUAUGUCCAAUAUGUUUACAUCAAUUUAAUUCAUUAACAGAAACGUAUCGAUGUAUUAAGUGUAUUCGUAAUGUUUGCCGAAAUUGUGCAUGCAAAAUAUCAUUGUCAAAUUCGAAUAUUUUAUGUAAAGAGUGUUGGGAAAUUGCGAAAUGUAUCUGUAAAACAGGUGAUUGGUUUAAUCAUUAUACUGAAACAAAAGAAACCAGUCCGUUAAAAAUUGAUUUAAGAUUUGAACCACUUCAAAAUAAUCUACGUAAGACAAAAAGUGAAAUGAUUUCAAAACUGAAUAAUUCAUCAAAAAAUAUUGCUAACUCACCUUCUAAACCAAAUGAUGAGAAUGAGAAGAGCUCAUUGAAUCAAAUGUUAUUAGAAGAAACUCAUCCAGUUAAAAGUAAAGAAAAAUCGAAAUCUAAGUCACCACAAACUUUAAAAACUCAAAACUCGUGGGAGUAUUUAAAAUCUGGCUCUCAAAGUACAAUAGAUAAAAAGUUAUCUGGAUUCUUAGAACAAUCAACACUUUCUCGUUCUCAGUCGUGUGAUUAUUUGGGUAAAAUAAAUGACUCGUCUGAAGAUCAUGAAGAGUUCAAAAAGAAGUCUGGAAGACGAAGACGCCUAUUACGACUAAAAAGACUAUUGAAGAAGAGUAAAUCAUUCAAAUCAAAUCACUAUAAAGCUUAUAAUGAAAUGGAUGAAUUAGUUCAUGGUGAAAUUGAUGUAUCAAUGGAAUAUAAUGCUCAAGAUCAACAACUUGGAGUUAGUUUAUGGGCUGCUAAUAAUUUAGCACAUGAAAAAUAUAUAAUCGGCUUACCUCAUGCUACAAUCUCAUUGCUUCCAGAUAAUGUCAAAUAUAAUCUCAAAGUAUCUGGUAACAAUAAAUGGGAUGGAAGAGAUGCAGUUUUUGAUCUUAGUGUUUGUUUUACAGUACAUAGAUGUGAUUUAAACAAGAAGAUUAUUGUAAUAAAGUUAUGGUCUAGAAAUGGUAUAAAAUCACAAUUCACCAUUGGCCAAACUGUUAUUCCUAUAAAAGAAUGUAAUCUUUUAUUCUCACCAUGUAGAAAGUGCUUCCAAUUGAUAAGUGGAAAUAAUUCAAUCAUUACAAAUCCUAACAUAAAUACAGCUUACUACGGUGAAAUCAAACUUGCUUUACGUUUUGCAAUAUCUGAUUAUCAGAAAAAAGUGUUGUGUGUAACUGAUGAAGCUAUUGAUUUGAUUGGCGUAUUAAAUGUAUGGAUAAAGGAAGGAAAGAAUUUACAUUCACAAAAAGCUGGUACAGAUAUAAAUUCUUACGUGACCGUGGAACUAACUGAUCCUGAACACAAAACAGAAUGUCGAAGUACUGAUCAAAUUCUACGAAGUGAUCAACCAGUUUGGAAUAGUUUACUUCAGUUUUCAGACAAACAUCUUAGUGAAUUAAUCGAAUCUACUAUGAAAAUAUUUAUUUGGAAUCGUUCAAGUAGCUUUAGUGAUCCAGAACUAUUGGGGAUCGUACAAAUUGCCAAUAAAGAAGAAUCUGAAUUAAUGGAUACGAUCAAUGAUAACAACGUAAACGCUAAUGUAUAUCAAGGCAGUACAAUAACGAAAAGUACAUCAUUGUGGGAAUCUGUAAUAUCUAAACCUGGUGACUGGAUAGAAGGUCUGCUUAAUAUUACAGCUCCUAAUAUAAAAUAA